UGGACCUACUUGAAUGACGGAGGAGGAGAAUGAUGCAGCUAAAGCUACCGCUAACCAUAGUUAACGGCUAACAAGUGCUAACCUGUGAUUAGUUUCAAAAUAAUUCGGAAUAGUACUUUUUUGUUGUUGUGUCAAAACCAACAGUUUUAUGUUAAAUAGUGAAUGUUUGCGCAUUAGCUAGUGUUUAUUGACAGAACAGCAGUAACAGUAGUUUGUACAAACACACACACACACCUGAGUCCAGCCCUGAUGACGAUGACGGCGGCGGAGAAUGAAGCAGCUCAUUUAGCAGGAACGCGGAGUCAAGUGUCGUGGUUUUUCACACAAGUCAGAGUGGCCCUGGCACUGGCGAUAAUAAAGACCAAGCCUGCGGGAAUGAGCGGCCGCAAGCACGCGGAGGCCGUGGCCUGCAAGCUGAAGAGGCAGGAUGAGAGGUGGAGGGAAAGAGCCCAGGAGCUGCAGCAGGAGGUGCUGAGGCUGCGACAGGAGCUGCUCAUCACCAGGGUGACGUCAACUGCCGAGAGCAACACCGAGGCAGCAGGUGAUGAUGAUGACAGCGCGGUGGUAGACGCUUCUCAGGAUGGCUUUGCUUCUUCAAACCCUCCAGCUGACUGUGACUAUGACUCAGCGACUCCUGAUCUCCUUCUACCAGACUCUCAGCCUGCACCUCCCUCCUCUCACCAGCACCACCUCCUCCCUCCACAGGAGGCCGCGCUGUGUCCUCACGUUCACUUCCUCCACUCGCUGUGUUCUCUGCACAGAGUGGCGCGGACCAGCAGAGGCCUGGAGGCUCUGUGGUUCGGCCCCGACGGGGGCGCCGGCUCGGUCCUGGCUGACUCCGUGUGCCAGCUUCUUGAGUCGGUGGUGGCGGCGUGCGGGGCCCCGCCCCCUCUGGGCCCCGGGGACCUGGUCCGGCGGGCCUGUGCUGUGGUGGCACGGGCCUUGGACGUGUUCUGCCGGCACAGUCUACCGUCAGCAGAGUUCAGGAGGCGUGUGGAGGAGUCGCUGAGGGAGAUGACGACCAUUCUGCUGCACGGCCGUCAGCCUGGCGAGCUGCAGACUGCAGAGACACUCCGAGAACACCUGGUUACUCUGGGCAACAGCAACAUGUCAAAGUCUUUCCUCAUUGGUCACAUCCUCUCACAGAUCAGCACCGUGGCCGAUCAGCUGUGGCAGCUGCUCCAGGGGCAGCAGAGUGGCGGUCUGGACGCGUUCCCUCUGGACCAGUACCAGAACUGCUGCCACCUGCUGUGGGUUGCGGAGCAGCUCCUGCAGACGUCGUCCGUGGGGGUGGACGUGGCGUCGGAGCGGACGGGUUUCCUGCGUCACCUGGAGCGCCGCGUCUUCCUGCUGUCAGAUGAGUUCCCUCUGCUUUCAGUCUACAUGUGGAGGGUGGGACGUCUCCUGACGUCCUCGGAGACGUGACGGCACACGGGCUCGCGAUGCCGUACACUCUGAACCAAUAAAGGACAGAAUUAAACCAGCAAGAGUAGAGACUUUUCUCGGUUUGGUUCAUGAAACACAAAGAAAAUAUUCACAUUUAAGAAGCUGAAAAAUUACCACGCUUGUCCGAAUAAGUUGGAAAUAAUUUAGUAAUCAAUUAUUCAAUUAAUAGUUGCAGGGCUAGUGUGAAUUAAAUGUUGUCAAAUGAAUUAUGUGCAGGUUUAUUUGUUGUAUUUUUGGGGAAGGAUAUUUUGAAAAGUCAGUUUCUAUGCAGAUGAUACAUGACGACGUUUCUCUGAUUCUGUUGCUGUUUAAAAAAAAAACUGAAAAUAUUCAUAUUUAAGAAGCUGGAAAAUCACUUAAACUAGGUUUGAAGUAUUCGAU